AUUAAAGACUCAAUAGAUAGUCAUAGACUCAUAGUAGACUAUAAGUCAAUAAUUGAAAAAAAGGCAAACAAAACAGGGCCUGGAAAAAAACAGAGUGUUUGUUAAGAGAAGCAGCAGCCUCUGUUAUUUUGCCAUAACAGGGACUCGAAAAAGCCUCUGUUAUUUUGCCAAAACAGAGCCAAAAAAAAAUUUAGAGAAGAAGAAAGAGGAAGGAAGGAGCCCCUGUAUUUUGCUCGAAAAAUAGAGCACAAAAACAGACCUCUGUUUCUGUUCUUUUCGACAAAAAACAGAGGAAAAAAAAUAGAAAGAAGAAGGAGAAAGAAGAAAGAAGAAAGAAGAAAGAAGAAAGAAGAAGAAAGAAAGGAAACUCGGAGAAGCAUACCUGGUCUUUCAAUGGCAGAAACUUGAUGAAGAAGAAGAUGGCACUUGGCAGAAACCUCAAGCUUUCAGAUGAAGAAGACGAUGGCACAGUAAAUGCGAGCCCUAAUCGGCUAAUCGCGAGUUCAGAUAAAGCUCUGUUGUUUUGUUCGAAGUUGAAGAAGCUCUGUUGUCAAGCCCUAAUCGCGACCCUUUUUGUUUAAUCUUUGCCCUUUUUUUUUUUAAAAGCGACGCUAAACUCGCUUCUCGCGACACUGUCGCCUCUCGCCACACAGGCUAAGGCGAGCGCUAUUUUGAAACCCAAUGCAACAGAGGGUCUGUAGCGACACUGCCUUGCAUUGCCUCGCCUCACACUAUUAGCGCAGAGGCGAGCGCUAUUUAUAACAGUGUUGAACAAAGCAAAUAAACAUGUGAUGUGUGGAUUAGGUGCACUUCACAUGUUUGAACUCUACCACAGACAAAGUGCCGGUAUUUAAGUGUGGAGAAGGGUAGAGGGACAACCCAUUAUCCACCGAGUUCUGAACUGUAGGCUAGCUGGCCCUCUGCCCUCAGGUAUUUCUAGGUCUUUUACAUAAAUUUAAGGUCAUGUAUUCAUUUCUUCGUCCUUUUACUUUGUCUCUUAUAUUUUAUAUCAUGCAGUUUUUGCAUUGUACUAUUCCUUCUUUUUUUCAUCUGCUUAAUCUUCGUCUUUGAUUAGUCCGUUCUUAUCUAAAACAAAAUGUAAUAAAGUAACUUUUUCAGGAAGUCUUCUAUAUUAGAAAAGUAUUUCUACUGAUAAAAAGAUUAGGAUGCUAAUCCUCAAUGUCUUUGGUUGAACCUAAAGUUCAGUAGCACGUGAUAGUAGCUGAGGUUGUUCUGGGGCAUGGUUCUCUGGUGAUUGCUACUAGUAGUAAAAAUUGAAAAUGGUUUACAUUUUCUCUGGGCAUGUAGCACGUUAUUUGUAGUAAUAGAAGAGAGGAAUGUAGUUACAUCCUUAAACAAUAGAACUGGUGUGGUUUGCUCCAAACUUGUGUGAAAUACUUUCUUGGGGCUAACACUUUUACUCGUUAGGACUACUAUAAACUGGGAAAAACGCUCAGUCGAAAAACAAUUGCCAUACAGAUGCAGCUUCAGUGUGCGCUUUAUGCUGGUUUACCAUUACAGAGACUUUAUUACCAAAUAUCUGAGUACUGUGCAUCCUGUAGUAUUCUUAAAUUCUUCAAAUGCUAGAUGAGCAAGAGCAAUAAUUAAGAAAGCACAUCUGGAUAUUAGAUUCUUGUGAUUGAAGUGCUAUCCUUUGUAUCUGACGCCUUAAUAUAGAUGUCAAUGAUUAGAAAUGUUGUGACAAGCAGCGCAGACAUUUAUAAUCUCGAAGAGACCGAUGAAGGGGCACGGAAGGGAGAUGAUCCAGUUGGGCCUACCCAUUGCAGAUGCACCUCCUGAAGAUGAAGCUGCCUUUGCAACAUUUAAAGAGCGGAAAAUGGAAGUGAUUCCUAGCUUGUUCCAAGAUGCUAUUGAACGACUAAGUGCUAUGCAAGUUUUAACUGCAAAGCCAGAUGCUUGCACUAUUGACAUCUUCAAUGAGGGGGACCACUCACAACCUCAUAUGUGGCCUUAUUGGUACGGGCGGCCUGUAGCUAUGUUGUUCUUGACAGAAUGUGAAAUGACUUUCGGUAAGAUGAUUGGUGCGGACCAUCCUGGCGAUUAUCGAGGCUCUCUCAAACUUUCUUUUGCACCAGGAUCCGUACUUGUAAUGCAGGGAAGAUCAACCGAUUUUGCUAGACAUGCUAUUCCAUCCAUCCGUAAGCAGCGUAUACUUGUGACCUUUACAAAGGUGCAGCCAAGAAGAUUCAAGUCUGGUGAUAGUCAGCGUUUCUCUUCAUCAGCAGGAGGUCCUGCCUCCCAGUGGGUCCCUCCUCCUAGCAGGUCACCAAAUCAUAUCCGUCAUCCUUUUGGGCCCAAGCAUUAUGGUUCCAUGCCAACAACCGGCGUAUUACCUGUUCCAGCUGUUCGUUCACAGCUAGCUCCUCCAAAUGGUAUCCAGCCAAUUUUUGUUCCCGCUGCGGUUGCACCACCUAUGGUUUUUCCUGCACCAGUUGCUCUUCCACCUGCCUCAGGUGGAUGGGCAGCACCCCCUCCUAGGCAUCCCGCACCACGACUUCCACUCCCUGGCACUGGCGUUUUCCUUCCUCCAGGAUCUGGAGCUUCAGCCACUGGCAACAAUCCUGCUGAAAAUCCAGCUUCCUCAGAAAAGGACAAUGCAGGCGCUUCUCUGAAAGAUAACAUGGAUAGUGAAGUAGAAACACAAGAGUGCAACGGAAAGAUAGAUGAUAGUGGUGCAGAGAAAGCAGUGGCUGAUGAAGAACAACACUAACUGCUGAUUUCAGCAGCUUGUAAACCAGUUGAAGCAGUGCAGGAACCAGAACAGAAAAAGGGUGACUGUUUUGUCGGAGGGAAAGUUUUAGGUUAGAAACUGCAGUGAGUUUUGAAGCCAAAUGUAAAGAGCGGCCAUUCACACAUCCAGUAGAGCAAAGGAAGGGAGUUAUCUGUUCUCCAUGAUCCCCUUUGCUUGCUCUUCCUUUUUGUUGUCUUAUCAAACAUAAAUAUAUAUAUCUCGUAUAUUAAAUUAAAUGAGGAACUUAGUUUCAAAACUAUAUUAUAGCUCCACAGAAAAUUUUAACUCAUUGAAUAGAAGUAAUGAGGAUUUCUUUCUGUCAGCUGCUGCCCUGUUCUCAUAUAUGAGAUCAGCAAACUUGUAUGCUAAAAUAUUUAUACUAAAAUGAACUUGGACA